AUGUCUACAGUGAAGGGCAAAGAUAUGAUUCACGUAUACGGCGAUGAUUUUACUUAUCGACAUGUGCGAUUUACCGAUAUUGAUUAUAAAGUUUAUUCGGAUGCAGCGAAGUACAUUUUUCGUGGACAAUCGCCAUAUAAAAGAGCAACAUAUCGUUAUACUCCACUGUUGGCUUGGUUAUUAAUGCCAGUGGUAAAGUGGCCUGACUUUGGGAAGAUUUUAUUUUGUGCUGUAGAUGUGGCAAUUGGUUUUCUGUAUUUCGAAUUAUCAGCAUAUAGCAGGGCAACACGUAAGGACGAAAAUGAGUCAAGAAUGAAGAAAAUUGUAGUACUAUUUUGGCUUGCAAAUCCAUUAACCUCUAUUAUAUCAUCGAGAGGUAAUGCUGAUGUGCUUGUCUGUGCUGCUGUCCUGUGGACUUUGUAUUUACUUAUGCGGAAUCAGUGGUGUGCGGCAGCUUUAAUUUAUGGAUUGCUAGCAGUACACUUAAAAUUAUAUCCAAUUAUUUAUUUACCUUCCAUUUUCCUCUCGUUGUCCAGUGUCUCUUUAUCAACUGGAUGGAUUGAUUACGGCAAACGGUUGGUUUCAAAUGCAAAAGGAUAUAUUUUUUCAUUGAUAUUUUCUUCUAGUUUACUGGCAUUAGUGGUCAUAUGUUAUAUGCUUUAUGGUGUGCCUUACGUUAACGAAGCAUUACUUUAUCAUCUGCAUCGUAGUGAUACGCGACAUAAUUUUUCACCUUACUUUUAUUUAUUGUAUUUGACAGCCAGCAAUACACAGCUGUCACAGCUUAUAAGUUUUUGUGCUUUCAUACCCCAAGCUUCACUCAUUAUUUGGCUUGCUUUCAGAUAUCAUGAUGAUCUCCCAUUUUGUUGGCUAAUUACUACAGCUGCAUUUGUUUCGUUUAAUAAAGUAUGUACUAGUCAAUAUUUCAUCUGGUACAUUUGUUUACUACCGAUUGCUCAACGAAGUAUCAAAAUUUAUUGGGAUUUUACUGCAAUGUUAUAUUUAAUUGGUUUGGGUUUGGGUAAUGUUGAUGAUAUAACAAUGAAAGGAGUGGCUGCUAUACAGAAAUGUUCUCGUGUAUAUUUGGAGAGUUAUACAAGUAUUAUGUCAUUUGGUUUGGAUAAAAAGAAGUUAGAGGAAUUCUUCAAUAAAGAAAUCCAAGAAGCUGAUCGUACGAUGAUUGAGCAAGAUUACAAUACUAUAUUAGAUGAAGCAUUUGAUUUGGAUGUAUGUCUGUUAGUAGUUGGUGAUCCUUUUGGUGCUACAACACAUACGAGUUUAGUUCUAACUGCUCGAAAAGUAGGUGUUAAUGUGGAAAUUGUGCACAAUGCUUCUAUCAUCAAUGCUGUCGGAUGUUGCGGUCUGCAGUUGUAUAGAUUUGGUGAAAUGAUUUCCAUUGUUUUUUGGGAAGAAAAUUGGCAUCCGGAUUCUUACUACUUCAAAAUUGCAGAAAAUAGAAAACGAGGACUACAUACAUUGUGCUUAUUAGAUAUCAAAGUAAAGGAGCAAACGGUAAAAGAUAUGAUGAGAGGACGGAAAGAAUUUCUCCCUCCGAAGUAUAUGAGUUGUUCCGAAGCAGCAAAGCAACUACUGGAAAUUGCAGAUCGGAUGAUGAAAGAGAAUGUGGAACCUGUGGAGUUGGUGGUUUUCAUGAGAGAAAUGGCACGUACACGUUUUGUUUGGAGAGAGUCUCGUUGA